CCGAUCAUUCUCCGAGAAUCUCAACCCCACGGCGAUGGGGUACUUCGACCUGAACAUUCCGUAUUUUGAAUCCGACCGCCAUGUCGCCAACAAGAACACCGUGAAGGCCAUGCGCCUCAAGCUCAUAAUCAAGGCCAUGGAGCUCGGCUACACCGGAGUAGCCUACAACCGCACGAUCAAGGGCGUUAUGUCCGAAUCGGACCGUUGCUCCAUUCCUCUCUUCCCGCUCUCAUCCAUCCUCAAGCUCGCUCCCUCUAUCUCCUCCGCCGUCAAGCUCCAUCGCGACCUCCUCAGCGUCCCCGUCUCCGCCCCCUUUCGCCAGUACACUCGCUUGACUGUAAUGGUCGAUAGCCCCGCUCAAGCCUCGGUUCUCAACGUUGGAAACCCUGUUUUAAAGAGCUACGACAUCGUUGCCGUCAGGCCGCUCAAUCAGAAUGCUUUCGACCAUGCUUGCCGGACUUCCGAGGUGGAUAUUAUUACCAUUGAUUUCUCAGAGAAGUUGCUGUUUAGAUUGAAGCAGCCCAUGGUUCAAGCGGCUAUCCAGCGUGGGGUGUAUUUUGAGAUAACUUACUCAAGUCUUCUUAUCGAUGCUCAAGCAAGGAGGCAAAUGAUAUCUAAUGCCAAGCUAUUGGUGGAUUGGACACGAGGGAAGAAUAUUAUUCUUACAAGUGAUGCUCCUUCUGUAACUGAAUUUAGAGGGCCAUAUGAUGUAGUGAAUUUGGUAUCUCUGCUUGGUCUUUCCUUGGAACAUGCUAAAGCAGCUCUUUCCAAAAAUUGCAGAACUCUUAUAGAAAAUGCUUUGAGGAAAAAGUUCUAUUACAAGGAAACCAUUAAGGUUGAGGCAAUAUCCUCUGGCAGACAGGCCAAUUCUGAUAAGCCUGCAUUUGAUGAUUGGCUUAAAUGGGAUCCCAUCUCAAGCGGUGAGGGUGAUUUGCUAUUAGAUGACAUUGAGAAAUUCUUCUCAGCUCCCAGCAAUGUAUCACAAAAUGUGAAGCCCAUAGAUUUUACCUCUGCUAUGAAUGGUCUCCCUCCACACGGUCUGCAGAUCAGAGAUGUGAUAUCUUCAAGGGAUUUAGAACCAAAGCUUCUGGAUGCUGCUCCAGACUUUGCUGCUGUUCAGCCAACUGAGGUGGAUCUUGCAACUUCUGCAAUCUCUGAGGAAGGUGGCCAUAAUCAUUUCCAUGAUGAUGGUCAAACUACUGUAUCUGAUGCCCAAAAUAUAUAUACGAAUUCAGAAGUUGAAGCUUCAAUGACACUUUCUUUGCCAACAACUGAUCUUCUAAUUGAUAUGGACAAUGCUGAGAAAAAUGAAGAGAAUACAAUUUUCGAAAGAAUAUCUCCUGACAAUGGAGUCCUUGAAUUGCAAUUCGAAAGUCACCUAGCUAAAUCUGAAGGACAAGAUGCCUUGCAAGGUGAUGUAACAAUUUACACUUGCAGAGAGGAUGGCAAAAGCUCUUGUGGUAAUGAAAUGCUUGAAAUAGAAUCAGAAAGUCAGGUAGCUAAUUCUGAAGAACAAAAUACCUUGCCAGAUAGUGCAACAAUUUACACUUCCAUAGUUGAUGCUGAUGUAUCUUUGUACCAUGCUAAUCUCACCUCAGCUGAAAUAUCUGCUCCAUCAGACAAUUCUACACACAUUGAAGAUUCUAUGAUACCAGAUAGACUUGACACUGGUCUUCAUGCACAAGGUGUUACUAUUGAUAAAGCCUUCAUAGAUACAAAGGACCUCUGUGAGAAGGAACCAUGUUUGGUAUCUUAUAAUGUGGGUUCACACAAUCAGUUAGUUGAGAGAGCAGAAACUAGGGAUUGUUCUGUUAGUUUGGCUGAUGGAUUGCCUGUGAGUAAUUCUAGUAUUCCCAUGCAAGACAAGAGUGAGUGUAAUCCUGCUGAAGGUGAACUAAUGGAAGACAAUGAGCAAGAGCCAAUGGAAACAGACAGCCAGUUUGGACUAAGAUAUCAAAUCCACGGUGCACCUCAUUCAGGGAGAAAAGGCCGAAAGAAGCUACUUCGCCCUCUUCUGUUUCCUUUCAAAGGGUUGUUGAAUCAUAGACAUUCCAAGAGGAAGGCUCGCAGGUUAGAUCGGGUUUCAAAGACCUAAGGUCUCUCUUUGAUUUAUUAUGAUGAAGUGUAAAAGGUAAUUUUUUGAGGAAGUUUUCAUUAUAUCCACGAUUUACUUCUGUGGCUGAAUGUGUAAAGAAAUGGCUUUGAUGAAAGCCCUGCAUUCCACCAAUAUUGGACCUGAGAUACAACCACACCAGUAAGAACUGACAUAAAAAUCACAAUUUCUAUUUUAGUCUGCAUAGUUAAUUCAAAAUCUCAAAUUCAAUGGCUGCCCAAAUUAGGAAAUAUCCUGUGUUUGUAUCUAUUUAUGCCUCCACACUUCCAAA